AUGAGUGCAAAUAAAGCCAUCGCAUCAAAGCUCUGCGUGACGGCAGCUAAAAAGUACCAAUUUACCUUGUCAAAUUCGGCACUUCCUGAUUAUUGUGUAAAUAAAUUAAUGAGCAAGGAUGAAAUCAAUGAAUUUUUACCAGAAUUUUUUAAAUUUUUGCAGGAUAAGAAUGUUAAAGAUAAAAAUUUAUCGGGCGAAUUAAUAGAAGAGAAAUUAAAAGAGUUCCAAUCCAAGAGAAUGGAUACAUCAGAUGAUUUAGUGGAUGAUAAUACAGCAGUUCUUGGACACAGAGAUGCCAUUCAAAUAAUUAAUGCUGAGGAUAAACCAUUCUAUUCCUAUAACAUGUCAAGAAAGGUUUUUGAACCUGAACAAAGAGAUACUACCUUCUUCUCAGAGGUUCAACAAAAGGUUGAAGUAUUCCGUGACAGAUAUAAAAUGAUUUAUCAAAAAGUAAUGAGAGGAAAACAAUUCAAUCCAACAGACCCUAAUGCAAUCUCUUUAACUAGUAUUGAUUCACUUUUAGGAAGUAGAGGAUCAAAAUAUAUUAUGGGAUUAAUUACAAGAAAGUCUGCAGACAUUUAUCAAAUUGAAGAUUUGAAUGGUGUCACACAGGUUGAUAUUUCUGAGUCAACAACUAAUAAUAGAGGAACGAUUUUGGAAGGAUCUUUUGUUAUUGCUUCAGGUGUUUAUGAUAGUGUGACAAAGGUAUUCAAAGCAUCUGCUAUUGUUUUACCAACUUGUGAAGAUAGAGAUGAUAGUGAAAGAUUCUUAUCUGUGGGAAGAAGCAGCAUGUUGGACAUGUUUGGUUCAUCUUCACCAGAAAAGUUAAAAGAGCUCAAAAAUAAGGAAGAUAUCAACAAGAAUGCCUUCAUUGUGGUUGUUUCAGAUGUUUGCCUUGAUAAGCCUUUAGUAUUUGAAAAGCUAGCUCUCUUAUUUGAAUAUAUCAAGUGGAAUCAACACAAUAGAACUUCUGAGGACUCAUACGAAUUGAUGCCAGCAAUGUUUUUAUUUAUUGGUAAUUUCAUAUCUAGACCAUUCCAAUUCUAUUCCUCUUCCUCCUCUAGUUCAACAACCUCUGAUCGUGUUUUAUAUCAAAAGAAUUUUGAAAAGCUUGCCAAGAUGAUUGAAGAACGAUUCCCUAAUUUCAUUUACAAUUCCAAAGAAAAUGAAAAUGCUCCAACGUUUGUAUUUGUACCAGGUCCAAAUGAUCCAACAUUCUCUCCAAAUGGCGUACUUCCAAGAUCUCCAAUUUUAGAUAGUAUCAGCAGAACCUUUAAAUCAAGAAUUCCAAACAGCUUCUUUGCCACAAAUCCAUGCAGAAUACGGUUCUACACUCAAGAGCUUGUUGUAUUCAGACAAGAUUUACAACAACAAAUGAGAAGACACACUGUGAUAGAACACAAGGAGGAAACUCAAAUUUAUCAAUCAAUGUGUGAAACAGUUCUUGCACAAUCUCAUUUGAGUCCCUUCGCCAUGCAUUUACAACCUGUAUUCUGGGAACAAGAUCACUCAUUGAGUCUAUUCCCAUCUCCACAUUCACUCAUUCUAGCCGAUAGAUGCCAACCAUUCAAUACAAAAGUCGAAGGUUGUACCUGUUUCAAUCCACAUUCAUUCCCUGUUGAUUUUUCAUUUGAAAUAAUUUCGCCACUCUCCAAUCAAGUAGAAACACACAAACUUCCUGAUCUAGCCGAUCAAUCCAAAGAAUAA